GGCGCGGGGAAGGGCUCUGGGCCUGAGCUGAGGGGGAUUGGGAGAGUGUGGGCUUGAGUUCGCUCUGGCGCUCCCCAGCAGGGGGAGAGAUGCGGAGCCCCCGCCUAGGCGCCCGCCGCCGCGGUAGCAGCCUCAGCAGCAGCCUCAGCAUCAGCACCGGCGGGACAGCGACAGCGGGGGCGGCGCAGGCGCACUGUGCCCCGCGGAGCCUGCAGUUCCAGAGCCCCGUGUGCGGCACCGCCACAGUCUGGGCAGCGGCGGCCGGGGGAGCGCUACUACCAUGAACUGCCUUGUCCUCCUCCCCAGAGCUGCUCAUCCGGGUCGGGCUGGAGAUACAGUCAGGGGACCCCGUCGCCGCCGCCGCGCCCCCUCUUCUUUCGGCUCAAUCUUCUCUUCCACCUUUUCCUCCUCUUCCUCCACCUUCUCUUCCUGCAUCCCCCCCUCCCCCGCCGCGGAUCCUGGCCGCUGCUCUCCAGACCCAGGAUGCCGGGGGGCAAGAGAGGGCUGGUGGCACCGCAGAACACAUUUUUGGAGAACAUCGUCAGGCGCUCCAGUGAAUCAAGUUUCUUACUGGGAAAUGCCCAGAUUGUGGAUUGGCCUGUAGUUUAUAGUAAUGACGGUUUUUGUAAACUCUCUGGAUAUCAUCGAGCUGACGUCAUGCAGAAAAGCAGCACCUGCAGUUUUAUGUAUGGGGAAUUGACUGACAAGAAGACCAUUGAGAAAGUAAGGCAAACUUUUGACAACUACGAGUCAAACUGCUUUGAAGUUCUUCUGUACAAGAAAAACAGAACCCCUGUUUGGUUUUAUAUGCAAAUUGCACCAAUAAGAAAUGAACAUGAAAAGGUGGUCUUGUUCCUGUGUACUUUCAAGGAUAUUACGUUGUUCAAACAGCCAAUAGAGGAUGAUUCAACAAAAGGUUGGACGAAAUUUGCCCGAUUGACACGAGCUUUGACAAAUAGCCGAAGUGUUUUGCAGCAGCUCACACCAAUGAAUAAAACAGAGGUGGUCCACAAACAUUCAAGAUUAGCUGAAGUUCUUCAGCUGGGAUCAGAUAUCCUUCCUCAGUAUAAACAAGAAGCGCCAAAGACGCCACCACACAUUAUUUUACAUUAUUGUGCUUUUAAAACUACUUGGGAUUGGGUGAUUUUAAUUCUUACCUUCUACACCGCCAUUAUGGUUCCUUAUAAUGUUUCCUUCAAAACAAAACAGAACAACAUAGCCUGGCUGGUACUGGAUAGUGUGGUGGACGUUAUUUUUCUGGUUGACAUCGUUUUAAAUUUUCACACAACUUUCGUGGGGCCUGGUGGAGAGGUCAUUUCUGACCCUAAGCUCAUAAGGAUGAACUAUCUGAAAACUUGGUUUGUGAUCGAUCUGCUGUCUUGUUUACCUUAUGACAUCAUCAAUGCCUUUGAAAAUGUGGAUGAGGGAAUCAGCAGUCUCUUCAGUUCUUUAAAAGUGGUGCGUCUCUUACGACUGGGCCGUGUGGCUAGGAAACUGGACCAUUAUCUAGAAUAUGGAGCAGCAGUCCUCGUGCUUCUGGUGUGUGUGUUUGGACUGGUGGCCCACUGGCUGGCCUGCAUAUGGUAUAGCAUCGGAGACUACGAGGUCAUCGACGAAGUCACUAACACCAUCCAAAUGGACAGUUGGCUCUACCAGCUGGCCUUGAGCAUUGGGACUCCAUACCGCUACAAUACCAGUGCUGGGAUAUGGGAAGGAGGACCCAGCAAGGAUUCACUGUACGUGUCCUCUCUCUACUUUACCAUGACAAGCCUUACAACCAUAGGAUUUGGAAACAUAGCUCCUACCACAGAUGUGGAAAAGAUGUUUUCGGUGGCUAUGAUGAUGGUUGGCUCUCUUCUUUAUGCAACUAUUUUUGGAAAUGUUACAACAAUUUUCCAGCAAAUGUAUGCCAACACCAACCGAUACCAUGAGAUGCUGAAUAAUGUACGGGACUUUCUAAAACUCUAUCAGGUCCCAAAAGGCCUUAGUGAGCGAGUCAUGGAUUAUAUUGUCUCAACAUGGUCCAUGUCAAAAGGCAUUGACACAGAAAAGGUCCUCUCCAUCUGUCCCAAGGACAUGAGAGCUGAUAUCUGUGUUCAUCUAAACCGGAAGGUUUUUAAUGAACAUCCUGCUUUUCGAUUGGCCAGCGAUGGGUGUCUGCGUGCCUUGGCAGUAGAGUUCCAAACCAUUCACUGUGCUCCUGGGGACCUCAUUUACCACGCUGGAGAAAGUGUGGAUGCCCUCUGCUUUGUGGUGUCGGGAUCCUUGGAAGUCAUCCAGGAUGAUGAGGUGGUGGCUAUUUUAGGGAAGGGUGAUGUAUUUGGAGACAUAUUCUGGAAGGAAACCACCCUUGCCCAUGCAUGUGCGAACGUCCGAGCACUGACGUACUGUGACCUACACAUCAUCAAGCGGGAAGCCUUGCUCAAAGUCCUGGACUUUUAUACAGCUUUUGCAAACUCCUUCUCAAGGAAUCUCACUCUUACUUGCAAUCUGAGGAAACGGAAAACGUUCUUAUUACGGUGAAUAAUAAGCAGCAGCAGCACAGAAUGUCAUUUUUUUCUGUGAACGAUGAAGCAUGUCAGCGGCAAUGAUCUUUUGUGGAUGAAAAACAUACUGGAAUUGGAUGUCAAACAGGACUAACGUAUUUGCUUGGUGUACAUGUGUCGCAGAUUGCAUGUAUUUCAGUAGCAAUACAGGUAUCUUUGAAGAAAUGCUCUAUGAAUGGCAAUGGGUAUUCCAACUACUUUGUUUUCUUCACCCACCCUCCCCACAAUGGUAUAUUAGCUAAACAAAAUAGUAGAACCCAUUUGUUCAACAAAUCCAUCAAUUCUUGAUCCUGUGGAAAAGACAUUACUAAAAUAUUGUCCAUACUUGGAACAAAAGAUAAUAUGGUUUCCACAAAACUCUCAAAUAGUAUGUAGUAUCUAUGUUUACUUCUCUCGUAACACUGAUUAUGGUACUUUGGUUUCUUAUUUACAUCUCUAUUUUUCAACUGAACAAUGAGCUCCAUACAGUAGGUAUUUUCUGUAAUAUUUUAUUGUCAAUGGCCAGAAUAGAGUCUGCUAUAUAAUUAAAUGAAUGACUGAAAUGUUAAUCUGUCAUGCUGCCCAGCACUUUUUAUCAUCACUGACCAGAAUAAUAACCAUUAUCUAAAACACACAAUAUCUUUGACAACUUUGGCAAUAAGCCCUAUGUAAUAGGAUUAUGAAAAUUACCAUUAUUAAUUGGUGUUAAAUCACGAUUAGAGUUAACUCCCAGCUGCUGUUUCUAACUAUUUGUGUCUGCAAAUU